AUGAAGCCCUCGCUCGCUCGCCUCACCUGCGCGGCGGCGGAUUUGAGGCAAAAGCAGCUCACCCUCUGCCUUCUUCCUCGUCUUCUGCAAGCAGCUCGCCAAUAUUUGCGGGGCAGAAAACCGUUCCUCAAAGCAAUCAGGGCAAGCUCGAAGGAAGCCCUCGUUGAAGCCGUCAACAGCGCAGAGCAGCACAGCGCGGAGGAUAUUAUUCGCUGCGCGGCAUAUGGUCCGCCGUUCCGCCUCCUGCAACCGCACAAGAUCGCUGCUGGCAGAAGCUGCCGAGGCGCUACAUGUAUUAUAGCGGACGUUAGCAAUCGCCCUCGUAGCAUCUCGUUGCCGCUUGGUGCUGCCGCCUUCAAGCGCGCGCGCUGA